AAGGAGGUGGUGAAACUUUUAGAUGCGGGCAUAAUUUAUCCUAUUUCAGAUAGUCCAUGGGUGAGCCCGAUGCAAGUGGUUCCAAAGAAAGGAGGUAUCAUGGUGAUUAAGAAUGACAGCAAUGAAUUGAUACCAACUAGGACAAUCACAGGUUGGAGAGUGUGCAUUGAUUACCGAAAAUUGAAUGAAGCAACAAGGAAUGAUCAUUUCUCACUUCCUUUCAUCGAUCAAAUGUUGGAGAGAUUAACAGGGCAUGCUUACUAUUGUUUCUUGGAUGAUUUUUUAGGUUAUAAUCAGAUUGCCAUUACUCCUAAAGAUCAAGAGAAGACGACAUUCACUUGUCCCUAUGGCGUCUUUGCCUACAGAAUGAUGCCCUUCGGGUUGUGCAAUGCAUGGGCCACAUUUCAGCAAUGCAUGAUGUCGAUCUUUGGGGAUAUGGUAGAGCGGUUUAUAGAAGUCUUCAUGGAUGACUUCUCUGUUUUUGGUUCUUCUUUUGAUAAUUGUUUAUCUAAUCUUUCAUUUGUUUUGCAGCGAUGUCAUGAGACAAAUUUGGUGCUCAACUAGGAGAAAUGCCAUUUCGUGGUACAGGAAGGAAUAGUACUCGGUCACAGAAUUUCAAAAGACGGCAUUAAAGUGGAUCUGGCAAAAACUGAAGUGAUUGAGAAACUGCCACCACCUAUAAACGUUAAGGCAGUUCGGAGUUUCUUGGGGCAUGUGGGGUUCUAUAGACAGUUCAUUAAGGAUUUCUCUAAAAUCUCUAAGCCCCUCUGCAGUGCUAAGGUGAUAGUCUACACGGAUCAUUCGGCACUCAAGCAUUUGUUGGCAAAGCAAGAAGCAAAACCUCGGCUGAUAAGAUGGAUCCCAUGACUACAAGAGUUUGAGUUAGAGAUCCGAGAUAAAAAGGGGUUAGAAAAUGUGGUGACGGAUCAUUUGUCGAGGAUUGAACGACCAACCCAGGGAAGUGAAGAGGAAACCCAAAUCAAGGAAACUUUCACGGAUGAGAAAUUGAUGAGAGUUGAAGAAACACCUUGGUAUGCAGAUAUUGCAAACUACUUGUUAUCGAGAGUGCUCCCAAAUGGCAUGACCUUCUAGCAAAAGAGGAAGUUUUUCUCUGACUUGAAGUAUUAUUUCUGGGAAGAACCAAUUCUGUAUAAACACUGUGUUGAUUAGAUGAUACAUAGGUGUGUCCCGGAAGAUCAGGAAUGUGAUUAAUGUCAACGGAGUGGAAAUAUUUCAAGGAGAGACGAGAUGCCAUUGAAUAACAUCCUAGUUGUUGAACUAUUUGAUGUGUGGGGAAUUGAUUUCAUGGGUCCUUUCCCAAAUUCUUAUGAGAAUAUGUACAUUUUGGUAGCAGUGGAUUAUGUUUCGAAAUGGGUGGAAACAGUUGCAUUGCCAUCCAAUGAGCCAGUGGUGGUUAACUUUGUGAGGAAGAGCAUUUUCUUAAGAUUUGGGGUACUAUGGGCAAUCAUUAGUGAUGGAGGCUCUCAUAUUUGCAAUAGGCAAUUAGACGCCUUGUUGGGAAAAUAUGGAGUGAAACAUAGAGUGGUCAUACCAUACCAUCCUCAGACUAGCGGGCAAGUGGAACUGUCGACCCGAGAGUUGAAAAGGAUUUUAGAGAAGACAAUUAAUGCAUCCAGGAAGGAUUGGUCACGGAAGUUGGAUGAUGCAUUAUGGGCAUACCGCACUGCAUUCAAGACUCCGAUUGGCAUGUCUCCAUUUAGGUUAGUAUAUGGGAAGGCAUGUCACUUGCCGGUGGAACUUGAGCAUAAGGCAUAUUGGGCCGUGAACCAGCUAAACAUGGAUUUACGAGUUACUGGGGAACAAAGGAUGCUGAAAUUGAAUGAACUUGACGAGUUCCAUCAUGAAGCGUAUGAGAAUGCUCAGAUAUACAAAGAAAAGACCAAGAAGUGGCAUGACAAGCAUAUCAGGAAGAAGAACUUUGAAGUGGGGCAUGCUUACUACUAUUUCCUGGAUGGUUGUUUAGGAUAUAAUCAGAUUGCCAUUAUUCAUGAGGAUCAAGAGAGAACGACAUUCACGUGUCCUUAUGGAACCUUUGCUUACUGAAGGAUGCCCUUUGGGUUAUGCGAUGCACCAGCCACAUUUCAGAGAUGCAUGAUGUCUAUCUUUGGUGAUAUGGUGGAACGGUUUUUAGAAAUCUUCAUGGAUGACUUCUCUAUUUUUGAUUCAUCUUUUGACAAUUGCUUAUCUAAUCUUUCUUUUGUUUUGCAGCGAUGUCAGGAGAUGAACUUGGUACUCAACUGGGAGAAGUGUCACUUCAUGGUCCAAGAAGGAAUAGUGCUUGGUUAUAGAAUUUCAAGGGAUGGCAUAGAAGUGGAUCGAGCAAAAAUAGAAGUGAUUGAAAAGCUACCACCACCCUCAAAUGUUAAAGCAGUUUGGAGUUUCUUGGGGCAUGCAGCCUUUCAAACUCUAAAAAAAUUAUUAGUGUCUGCACCUAUUAUUGCAGUUCCCAAUUGGGGACUGCCAUUUGAAUUAAUGUGUGAUGCUAGUGAUUUUGCACUAGGAGUAGUGUUAGGACAGAGGAAAAACAAAGUGUUGCAUGUAAUUCAUUUCGUUGAUGGUUAUUCAGGUUAUUUUCAGAUUGCGAUUGCUCUGGAGGAUCAAGAGAAGACGACUUUCACAUGCCCAUUCGGAACUUUUGCAAAUCGCCGCAUGCCUUUUGGCCUUUGCAAUGCCCCAGCCACUUUCCAAAGGUGUAUGGUCAGCAUAUUUUCAGAUUAUGUUGAGCAUAUCAUAGAAGUUUUUAUGGAUGAUUUCACAGUUUAUGGAAACUCUUUUGAUAAUUGUUUGGAUAACCUUACACUGGUUCUUCAAAGAUGCAUAGAAACUAACCUUGUGUUAAAUUCUGAAAAAUGUCAUUUUAUGGUUGAUCAAGGUCUGGUUUUGGGUAAUGUGGUUUCAUCUAGGGGAAUUGAGGUAGAUAAGGCCAAAGUUGACAUUAUUCAAUCUUUACCUUACCCUACUAGUGUACGGGAAGUUUGUUCUUUUCCUGGACAUGUACGUUUUUACCAAAGAUUCAUCAAGGACUUCUCCAAAAUAGCAUUACCCCUAUGUAAGUUGCUGCAAAAGGAUGUGGUUUUUGAGCUCGAUGAGGCAUGUAAAGAGGCGUUUGACAAGCUGAAGAAACUGCUGACUUCUACCCUAAUUAUCCAGCCCCCUGACUGGAACAUUCCUUUCGAGAUAAUGUGCGACGCAAGUGAUUAUGCAGUAAGCGCUGUUCUGGGUCAAAGGUGGAAAAGCAUCUCAUCUCAUGCCAUUUAUUAUGCUUCCAGGAUUUUAAAUGAUGCCCAGAGAAAUUAUUCCACCACGAAGAAAGAACUUUUAGCUGUUGUUUUUGCUUUAGAAAAGUUUCGAUCUUAUUUGCUUGGUACUAAAAUUAUUGUUUUUUCUGAUCAUGCAGCUUUGCGUUAUUUGAUGAUGAAGAAAAAGGCAAAACCGAGAUUAAUAAGGUGGAUACUUCUCUUGAGUGAAUUCAAUUUGGAGAUCAAAGACAAAAGAGGGACAAAAAAUCAUGUCGCGGAUCAUUUGAGUCGUUUAGUUCACGUGGAGGAUGAACUUCAUUUGGCUCAAAGAGAUAAGUUCAAGAGUGAUGCCAAAUACUAUGUGUGGGAUGACCCCUACUUAUGGAAGCAUUAUGCAGAUCAAGUAAUAAGAAGGACAGGUAAUAUAUCCCAAAAGAAUGAGAUGCCACAAACCCCCAUACUGUUUUGUGAAAUUUUUGAUGUUUGGGGCAUCGAUUUCAUGGGACCGUUCCCUGUAUCUUUUGGUUAUGUUUAUAUUUUGCUUGUUGUUGAUUAUGUCUCGAAUUGGGUGAAAGCUAAAGCCAUUAGGACUGAUGAUUCUAAAGUUGUUGCAAAUUUUAUCAAGUCUAAUAUAUUCUGCAGGUUUGGAAUUCCAAGAGCUCUAAUAAGUGAUCGAGGCACUCACUUUUGCAAUCGAACUGUGGAGGCUUUGCUGAAAAAGUAUCAUGUGACCCACAAAGUGUCUACUGCCUAUCAUCCGCAAACUAGUGGACAAGCGGAAGUGUCAAAUCGAGAGAUCAAGUCCAUCAUUGAGAAGACGGUCUAUCUAAGUAGGAAAGACUGGAGUUUGCAUUUGGAUGAUGCCUUGUGGGCGUAUAUGACUGCAUAUAAGACGCCCAUUGGUAUGUCACAAUUUUGUUUGGUGUUUGGGAAAGCAUGCCAUCUUCCAAUUGAGUUAGAACACAAAGCUUAUUAG